AUGCGGAAGAUGAUUUCAAUAUGCCUGGCCCUAUUUUUUCUCCACUUUGCCAACGGAUGUGUUUCUCAACCUCGACGCUUUAAUAUAGUAGUAGAUGCUUCAGCAAUUACCACCUCAACACAGUCAAAGAAAUUGGGAACGUACGGAAAUAUGGUUUACGUUGUGCCCUCCAGGUUUGGAUGGGAAGCUGGACAAACACUUCAAGUAAUGCGGGAAUUAUGUCUUCGGAGGUAUCGAAGAAUCCCUCGAACAUACGAGGCUUCUGGCAACCUUAUGAAUUGUACUUUCAAACUCAAAAGUGGUCUCCCCAGCAGCAAAAAAUUUGAAAUUCUUCUAGAAGCAAUGAAUGACUACUUGGAUGGCGCGAUCUUCGCGGUUAGAGCGACCUGUAACUACUGCAGUAUGGUGAGCGCAGCGGUCAUUAAGGAGGGCUCGCGUCAAUCAAUGGAUGUGAUUGGAAGGGCUUUCAUUACAAAAAUGGUGGAGCGCGAUAAUAUCGAAUUAAAAUGUAAUUUUAUAAUUCAGAAACCAUUUAACGAAUUUUGA